AUGCUUGGCUACGACAUUUCUUGGGCAGCUUUCAAUAUCAUCGAAGUAAUGGCGUCCACAAAAUACACAGAGAAAAGGAUAGGGUUUUUAUUUGGCUGCAGCACAGUACGUAUUGAUGCUGACGACAAACUUGAUAAGAAAAGAUUUGAACAGGUAAGCUCACAAGUUUUCUCACACCUUAUCAUAUUGAUGCCUUCCAGUACGAAUAUCUAUGAUUCUGGCGUUGCACUUGGCGGGCUAUCCUGCUUCGUUACCCCAGAUCUGGCGAGAGAUCUUGCUAGUGACAUAGUAAAUCUGCUAUCUUCGUCGCGGCCGUACACUCGAAAACGGGCGGUAUUGUUGCUUUACAAAAUCUUUCUCAAAUACCCAGAAGCAUUGAGGCCUACCUUUCCAAGAUUAAAGGACAAGCUGGAGGAUCCGGAUCCAGGCGUCCAGAGUGCAGCCGUGAAUGUGAUCUGUGAGCUGGCCAGAAAGAAUCCAAAAAAUUACUUAACGUUAGCUCCUGUAUUCUUCAAACUUAUGACUACAUCAAGCAACAACUGGAUGUUGAUAAAAAUUAUCAAACUGUUUGGUGCACUUGUGCCUCUAGAACCUCGUCUUGGUAAAAAACUUCUCGAGCCGCUUACGAAUCUCAUUAACAGCACAUCUGCAAUGUCACUGCUAUACGAAUGCAUCAAUACUGUGAUUGCUGUCUUGAUCAGCAUAUCCGCGGGAGGAGAUCAUGCUGCAAGCAUACAGCUUUGCGUGCAAAAACUUGGAGUUUUGAUCGAAGAUUCUGAUCAAAAUCUCAAGUAUCUGGGAUUGCUGGCAAUGGGAAAGAUCUUACAAACACACCCAAAAGCAGUGCAGGCACACAAAGACAUCGUUCUUCGGUGUCUCGACGAUAAGGAUGAGAGUAUACGAUUAAGGUCCCUGGAUCUUUUAUAUGGCAUGGUAUCCAAAAAGAACAUUAUGGAGAUUGUAAAGAAGUUGAUGGAGCACGUCGAAUCGGCUGAGGGCUCACAUUACAGGGAUGAGUUAUUGACGAGAAUUAUCGGAAUAUGUAGCUACAACAAUUACCAGUUUAUUACGAACUUUGAAUGGUACAUUUCGGUGCUAGUUGAGCUAACGAAGGUCGAAGGCACAAAACAUGGUGCAAAAAUUGCGGAACAGAUUCAAGAUGUUACUGUACGAGUGGAAUCUAUUCGGCAUUUUUCUGUUUCGCAAAUGGCUUUACUGGUUGAAAAUGCACAUGUUCUGCUGGCUGGAAGUGCGCAACAAAGAAGUAAUAUUUCGGAAGUGCUACUGGCAGCUGCUUGGAUUUGU